AUGUUUCAAUUAUCGACAGAAACAGUUUCGACAGCCAAUCGGGCCGUUCUUAUCACUGGAUGUGAUACAGGAUUUGGCUAUCAAUUGGCCAUAGAAUGCGAUCGAUUGGGUUUUCAUGUGUUCGCCGGCGCUCUAAAUCCCGACCAAAACGGCGCCCAAGAGUUGAAAACCGUUUGUUCCCAAAAACUUCGAGUACUCAAAAUGAAUGUCACGGACUGCGAAGAAGUGGCAAAUGUUUUCAAUCAAAUCAAAUGCUCUGGACGUGAACUGUGGGCAGUUGUCAAUAACGCCGGCAUCGCUAUCAACGCUCCCAUUGAAUGGGGACACGAUAUCCGCGAAUUGAGCCGUACUUUUGACGUCAAUGUUUUCGGUGCCGUAAGAGUUGCCAAACAAUCGCUACCACUGUUGAGAAUAUCUAAGGGAAGAAUCAUCAAUGUCUCGAGUCUCGCCGGGCGACUGACACUCAAUGGUCUGUCGUAUUACUCGAUGUCCAAACACGCCAUCAGAUCUUUUUCUGACGGACUCCGCAAUGAAGUGGAAUAUUUCAAUAUUAAUGUGAUUACAAUAGAGCCGGUGCUCUAUCGCACACAUAUCAUCAAUUGGUCACUCAUGAAGAAUACUUUAGACAAA